CAUACGUACCUUCCGGAAGUUAAUAAGCAACUAUAAUUGUCAAGUGACAGUCAUGCGAUGAUAGAGUUUAUUCGUUUUACAGUUUUAUAAUGCAGAUAUAAUGGUUUGAUAUUGCGAACGUUACAAAUGUAGGUCAGUUACAGUAACGGUCGACCGCUUACCUGCGAAUCGCGUCAUCGCAGCGUUUGUAGUUUUUCCGUACACGACAGCGCGAGAACCGUGUGUUGUGCGUCGUUCACGCUCGCUGUCAUGCCUCCCCGUGAACCCGUACCGAAAAAGAAACACGUCCGAUUUGCCAGAAUGGAAGAGAAUAAUGACAACGACGAGCAGGAGGAAGACACUCUUUUCGACAAGCGGAAAGACGUUAGGAAAGGACUGAAAAGCGCCCUGAAGGGGGCUAAAGGGGUACUGAAGAUGGGGUCUGUAAAGAUUGAUAUAGUUCAACCUGGUCGGAACCAGAGCGGCACUGGGGCAUGUUGGCGUUGGCUGGUCAGCCUUGCGCUCUUUGCAUCGUUUCUUGGGCUGGGAAUGGCAAUCUCUGUAUUAGGCCCUACAUUUGAAGACCUGGCUACUAACGUCAACCAGGACAUCAGUAAUUUGUCCUACAUCUUUGUGGGUCGUUCGUCGGGAUACAUUGGAGGCUCACUAUUAGGAGGGAUCCUAUUUGACUGUAUGAAUCCACACCUCUUGCUCGGCUUUUCCUUACUGCUCACGGCAGUUGGAAUAUCUGGCACAUCUUACUGUAAACAGGCUUGGCUGCUUACCGUAUUUAUGUGUAGUGUGGGGGUGUCAAUGGGAGUUUUAGAUACAGGUGGUAAUGUUCUUAUACUGAACACGUGGGGAGAGCAGGCCGGACCACAUAUGCAAGCCCUGCACUUCAGCUUUGCCGCUGGAGCAUUUGUUUCCCCAAUCAUAGCCAAGUUGCUCUUCGGCGACAGUUCAGACAACAACACUAUUUACCCACUUCUGACUGGUCACCUAUCUAAAACUUUAGGCGCCACUUUGCCAUUCACAGAUACCAAAAGUUCCACUCCAACAUCCAUGUGGGCUUAUAUUGUGAUUGGUGCUUUUGUUUUAUUGGUGUCACUCAUCUUUUUCCUCCUGUACUCUUGCAGUCCCCCCACCUCAAAUUGGGCAAAGACGUCCCCAGGAAAGCAGAAGUUCUCCAAACACCACAAUAUUCUCAUAUUCCUGCUCUCUAUGUUCUUUUUCUUCUAUGUUGGAAGUGAAGUGGCAUACGGCUCUUUUAUAUUUACGUACGCCAAAGACUAUGCCCAUAUGCAUGAUGAGGCGAAGGCAGCAGGUCUAAAUUCACUCUUCUGGGGAAUGUUCGCUGCCGGACGAGGUUUGGCCAUCUUCUUUGCGGCUUGUCUGCGCCCAGGCACCCUGAUCUUGUUUAGUCUAGUAGGCACUACGGUUUCAUCACUGCUCCUGGUGCUUUUUAGCGACAAUCACCCUAUGCUCUGGGCCUGCACUGGCCUGUAUGGGCUCUCUAUGUCGACCACCUUUCCCAGUGGCAUUUCAUGGGUGGAGCAGUACACGACGGUGACGGGGCGAUCAGCUGCAGUGUUUGUAGUUGGCGCAGCACUCGGUGAGAUGGUGCUGCCAUCCCUGCUGGGCUUUUUACUUGGGCAUGUGAAGAAUCAGCCCUUGCUGAUGUACCUGGCACUCGGGACAUCCGCCUUCACCUCCAUUCUCUUCCCCGUCAUGUACAAAUUAGCAUCGCCAGGAGGGGAUGCUGCACUGCGGAAAGUGACGGGCAGACGUACCAAGGACGCCGAUGACAGCGAGUACCGUCAAGCCCUGCUGGACAAUGUGGAGGAAGAGGAGGAGCAGGAGAACGAUGGUGAAGCUGACCAAUGGAAUGAUGCAGACUUUGAGGUGAUCGAGAUGGACGAAGCUAACCUGAUGAGCUCUCCUUCCAAAGCCUUAAUGCCACCCGAUGUUGCAGCCAACGCUCUUGCUGUCCAGUCAGUUGGCGCUUCUACAGAGUCAACCCCAACACCUGCAAUGGACCCCAUAGCCCCUGCUUCUGUGUCUAGUGCCCUUUCCUUUUCCACAGACUCCCCUAGACGCAAAUUGUUAUUGUCCUUAAACAGGGAGAAGAAAGACUGAUUACAUCAAAGAGAUCUUGGACCUAACCUGCAACUUGGCUGGUUGAAUCCUUUACAUGAACUUGAAGCUUAAAACACUUUUUCUAAUGGGCAAAAAGAUCACCCUGACUAGUCAGUCGAUUCAUUUAGUGCUUUCUGGACAUGUUACUUGCAUGUUUGGCAUUAAACAUGUAGUUGCUUGGGUAAACCAAUGUGAGCCAAACCAAGCAUUUCCCUUACCUCCAUUGUUGUUGAGUGGAAGUUGAAGAAUUAUUAAAUGAAAUCAAUACGUGGAAGAUUGAUUGCCUCUUUAUAUGGGAAAUUAAGACAUGUUACGAUUUGGAUAUAGGAUUUCUGUAUCGCUGUCAUUGGUCAUGUGUUGAUUAACUUACACAAAAAAUUGUAGUUGGCACAAUACAUUAAUGUUACAAACUUUGAAGGAUAAAAGUUGAUUUUUUGUAUGGUCAGAAUGUAUGAAGUCUUUAAUGUCAUUCUCCUAUUGUACGAGUUCACUAAAAAUCUGUUUAUUUUCUCUAUUGUAAUGUUUGCUUGUUAAUUAUCAAAAUGAACAUCACUAAGUUGUAAUUUGUAUUUUUGUCUGUUAGUCUUUCAGAAUCUUGACAAUGUAUCUUUACUAGAGACAACUGGAUAAAGAAGCAAGCUAUUCAUGUUAAAGUUUUUACCCCUACCAUCUGUGACGUCUGUCAGGAUUCAGUUUGUUGAUCACUUAUUUUUUUUUUUACAUCUGCAGUCCGUUUGCUCCACCCACUGUGAAAUCUCAUUGGUCAAAAUCCCAUUCCCAUGUAAAUGUAAACAAAUAUCUACUGUUUGUUUGUAAUUAUAGCACUGUGUUGCAUUUUUGUGUGUUGGCUAAGUGGCUGGAAAAUCACAACAUGUUUCCCAAGCCACUUCAGCCAUUUUCUGUCAAACUGCAGUGUAAAAAAGUGCUGGUAUCAUAUUUAAAUGAUUAGAGAAUUUUCUAUUAAAUUAUUUAAAUAGCUGAAA